AUGUAUGCAAUUCAGACGCCCUCCCUGACUCCCCUCAAUAACUUGUCACAUUCAUUUUCGGGGUGGAAUUCAACCAUUACUCCGCCUCCAUCUCUUUACACAGCACAUAGUGCUUCUCCUACAAAUUUUCCGGUCUCCCCGGUCAUAUAUAUCACUGUUGGGGCUGGUGGCAACCUCACUUUCGACCCAUCUUCUGUCCACGCUCAAAUUGACAAAAUACUUCGUUUCGACUUCGUGGGCGGCAACCACUCUUUGACGCAGAGCUCUUUAAUCGAUCCUUGUCAGAAUGUCUCGUUGUUUGACACAGGCUUCACUCAAUUUAAUCCCAUGAAUACAAGUGGAAAGUUUUUAGUGGACUAUAAGGUGAGCUCCACGGAUCCACAAUGGUUUUAUUGUGCCCAAAGGCAACCCAAAUCUCAUUGCCAGUCCGGUGGCAUGAUAUUUCGCUUGAAUCCGCCUAUAAGUGACUCUGUAUCCAAAGUCACAUCUUCUACCACGCGAUCACUUGGACAAUGCAUUGCGCAUCCCUCCCACUCUACUUCACCAAGCACUACAAGUUUCCAUCACCCGGAGACCCUCAGCCCGCAGACCGAGAUAUCGAUGCAGGUGCCAAACACAGCAUCCGUAUUACAACUGAUUGCUGUUUGGUGUUCUACCGUUUUCUUUGGGUUUGCGAUAUGA